GCAGAAGUGUAAAACCCCGAGGAGUGAUAAGAUCGAGAGUGUGGCAGUGGCAGCUAGUGGCAUCCACCUGUGCCUUGAAUAUAUACCAACGGCCCCUUCUCCACCCUUUCUCCGAGCUCCCAGCCAGCCGCCCGUCCCUUGCUUCUUUCCCGCCCUUAAACACCCCACUAAAACCCUCUUUAAACCCCCAAAUCAUCCCAGGAUUCGUCGCUCCGAUCCGUCCGGAAGGGUACAUCACCGUCCGAUUUCAGAGCUUCGUCUCUGGAUUUGAGGUCUCCUGUGGGGGAUUGAUUCCUGGUGCGGCGCCUUUGCUCUGUUUUGACCCGUUUGUUUCUUGGAGUGUGAGCUCUGGGAGCGGCAGAUCUGUGGCUCUGGACCCCCAGCAAAACCCUCCUUAAAUCUUUUCCUUGUUAUAUUCUCGCCGAUUCUUGCGGUAUUGCAAAGGAAUUUUAGAGAUAUCUGUGGGUCUUGCGUUUUCCCCCAAAUCGGAGGAAAGCCUUUUUGUGGGGUGUUUGUUUGUUCCUUUUGAUGAGAUUUGUGGGGAAGUGAGUCCAGUAGCAAGCACCCAUGGAGACGCGUCCUUCGUCGAUGUCUGCCGCUGCCGCCGACUCCCUCGCCGCUUCCCGGAGCCGCCGCCCCAAGCGCGUGCGCGUCUUCUUCGUGGACGCCGACGCCACCGAGUCCGAGUCCUCUGACGCCGAGGAGGAGCCGGAGGAGCGCGGCAGGCGGCGCGUGCGGGAGGUCAUCGACAUCGACGUGCCGUCGCCCCAAGCGCCGGCGCCGCCGUCGAGCCACCCGGCGAGAGACCGGCUGCUCCUGGCGGCGCGGCGCCGCGCGGCCAUGGCCGGCGGCGGCCGGUUCCGCGGCGUGCGUCGGCGGCCGUGGGGCAGGUACGCGGCGGAGAUCCGCGACCCGAGCCUCCGGAAGCGGCUCUGGCUCGGCACCUACGACACCGCCGAGGAGGCCGCCGCGGUCUACGACGACGCCGCGCUCCGCCUCAAGGGCUCCCUCGCCGUCACCAACUUCGUCGCCGCCAAAGCAGCCAAAGCCAACAAGCCCCGGAUGACGAUGAAGCUCCGCCCUCCCAAGGAACCCGCUGCGGACACCACAGCCGUGGCUCCUCCUUUGGCGUCGGAGCCAGAGGACUCGUUCUACCCGUUCGCGUCGCCGACCUCCGUGCUGCGGCACGAGCUGCUCCCGCCGGCGUUCGACCUGCUCUACAGCGGCCUGGGCGAGCUCUGCGACCUGGCCGCGGCGCCCACGCCAUCGUCUUCGUCCAAGGCGGCCGAGUUCGACUGCCUGCCGUGGUGGGAGAGCGAGGACUUCGUGACGCCCACGCCAGCGGGCCUCACGGCGGCCACCAACGCCGUCAGCGUCAAAUGACCCCUUUGUCCCUACUACUUACCCACCACCUGUCCGUUUCUUUUCCCCCCUUGUCGUGGCGCCGUUUCGCGCCCUCGGGGUGGGAAUUUGGGCGGGAGACGCAUGACGAGCAAGGGGAGCAGCAGCCGGCAUUUAAUACUAUUGUUAUUAUAUUUAUUAAUUAAUUUGUAGCAGUACUAGUAGCAGCAGGAGCAGUAGCAUCCGAGGCAGUGGAGCGAGUAGCGAGGUGGCAGUAAAUGGUUUGUUGGGGUGGUGGUGGGUCCGAAGAGCGUGAAGCUGCCUUAACUCGCACGGCUCCUCCGCGUGGAAACGGAGCAGUGUAGUAGCGUCGCAGUGCGCUGCAGACAGGCAGGCAGGCAGGCUGAGUGAUGAUCGUGGCUUUAUUUUAUUUUUUCUUCUUGGGAGUAAAAUUGUGUAAUGUAAUUGUGGUGGUGGUGGUGGUGGUGGUGAAGAAGUAGCUGUCAGGUGAUGCGUUCGCCUUUGAACAUUCUAAUCGCCAUGGUCAAUGUCGUGGUCAACGCUGAGAUGAGUUGUUUAUUACGGCCUGGGUAGUCGGAGAAAGUUCUUCGGCGAUGUUUUAGGUUCAAAA